CGAUUCUCUUGGAUUUCCAUAGGCGUUCCUUCUUCGUCUAAACCUUCGUCCUACUCUGUACUCUCCUCUCUCCGGCGCGCUUCUUUGCUCUCAAUUCCAUCUCUCUGCUUCAGUAUGGCGAAGGAGGUUUAUACCAGGGAACACUUACUUUCCCUCUUGCAGGAUCUUCAAGUUGAUUUUUCCAGGUACGAACAUCCUGCUGUAUUGACAGUUGAAGCUCAGGCAAAAUAUGUUGGAAAUUUGGGGGGUGGCCUCAGUAAGAAUCUGUUUUUGAAGGACAAAAAGAAUAGAUACUAUAUUGUUUCUGCAUUGGCAGACACCAAAGUGGAUCUAAAAGUUCUAUCUGUGAGACUUGGUUUGGGUAAAGGUGGUCUGAGAAUGGCUCCCGAGGAAGCAUUGGGUGAGAAACUUAAGGUGUCCCUGGGCUGUGUUACUCCAUUUGCACUCAUCAAUAAAACAGCACGGGAUGUCGCCUUGUUGUUAGACCAGGGAUUUAAAGGCCAGGAGUUUUGCUUCUUUCAUCCUCUGUCAAACGAAACAUCAAUAUCCAUUAAUACCAGUAAUCUCGACAAGUUCCUUCAAUCGAUUGGGAGAGACCCUUCAUAUGUUGACUUGGAGGCUAAUCCUUCUGUAGGAAAGGAUCAACCCCCAGAUCUUGCCGGACUUGUUCCCUCUGUUUCUUCCCUUGUGCCUGAUACACCAGAGAAAGUAUCUUCUCACCCGGAUUCUAAUGAAAAUCACGGUGUUACUGACAAGAAGUCUAAAGCAGUUGCAGCGAACACAGUCAAACCAUCUACCACUGUGAAAGUUGGAAAGGACAAACCUACACCCAAGGUUCAACCAACCUAUGCAAAUGUGGAAAAAUUUGUGGAAGAGAUCCUUGAUAAGACGUCAGCAAUAGUGCUCUCACAGCUGACAGAGGAGACAGUUAAUAAACAUGGAGAGCAUUUGGGAGCCGCGGUGUCAAACAGCAUUAAGAGACAUCUCAGCUCGGAAUUGAACAAUCUUUCUAUGAUAUUUAAGAACACAGCAUACACAGAAGGGUUCCAUGCUGGGUCUUCUCAUAAAGUGAAACAUCCAUGCUGAUAUCUGCCUGUGGUUCCAAGCAACUGGAGAAGAGAACUCGGACAGAAGGCGAGUAAGGGAGUUGUGGUCAAGAUUCUUUUAAAUUGAUAUAUGGUGGCGUAACCUAACAUUUGACAAAAAAUUUCAUAACAACCGAUUGUUAUAAGAACUGGUUCUGUGGUAAAGCAUCUUUAGCACUACCGCUAAAAGUUAUUUUUAUUUUCAUUGAGUUCUCUGAUCUCAUUUGCCUGUGAUCAAGUUCUGCCAUUUCCCUUUGUUUUGUAAAAAUGAUGACCACCAGCUUAAUAUUGCCGAUGGGGCCUCACACACAGUUCAGGUAAUAUAUUUAGGUUUAAUGAUCAGAGUGAAAAUUGCAAGUUAAUAUAUGAUUAUGAA